GUUUUAGUGUACCAGAGUUACCUGCCCCUGGCUCUCUUUAAAUUGCUGGUCAAACCCGGAUCUUCAAUAGGUGCAUCUUGAAAUCAUUUAUGAAUGUUAUGGUUAUACAAAUCUGAUACUGUUUUUUAUAUUCCCAGAAACAUGUUCCUAAAAAGUUCUGAAGUUUUUUGAAAGCAGAUUAAAACGAGAAAACAAAGGAAUCCGAGGAAGCAAAAGCUUAAACGAGAUAGUAUUGUUUAAACUGUUUGAAUCCUGGUUUAUGUUGCUUCGUUCAUUCAUGUUUAACUGUCAACGUUGUCAUUAUACAAAGACUUUGUGGAAUUUUACUUAAACUUGGAUUGAAAAUAAUUAUACUAUUACUGGUGUUGAUAGCCAUAUUUAUAGUAAUAGUAGUAAUAAUAAUAUAAUUAUAAACUUAAGAGUCAUACUAAAUAAGAUCACCCGACAAGAGCAAAUGUCUGGUGAGUUUAUUUUACUCUAUCUCUUUUAUUUUACAUCUCCAGGAUAAAUAACCGAUCGUUAACACACGUCUGAUGAAAUCCAUUAAGGCAGAUUUGUACAGCCAGAUUCCAGAUUCUCUUUUUGUUGCCAACCCUCACCUGUUACCAAGCAAAGGUGAUGAAACAACAAACUUGUCUACAAUGGAAAAAGACGGCUAUGACUAUGAAUUUGAGCCUACACCUGACCCAAAGUAUGAAUGUCCUAUCUGCCUUCUCAUCCUCUGUGAACCCAUGCAGACAGAAUGUGGGCAUCGAUUCUGCAAAUCCUGUAUUGACCGAUGGCUAACAGAAGGCAACUGCAAGUGUCCCAUUGACAAUGCAGAUGUGGAUCAGAACAAAAUGUUUCCAGAUAAUUAUGUGAAGAGAGAGAUCCUUUCUAUGAAAGUUCAUUGUCCUUACUCAAGAAAUGGUUGUAAGCAUAUUGUGGAGUUGAAUCAAAUUGAAGAACAUCAGGAGACAUGCCAUUUUAACUCCGUAAUGUGCCCUCUUAACUGUAAUAAACUCAUUUUGAAAAAAGAUAUCAACAAUCAUAAAGAAACCGAGUGUGUCAAGAGAAAUAUAGUAUGUUCCCUCUGUUUAGGAAGUUUGAUUUUUGAAGAUUAUUGGGAACAUGAAGGGGUUUGUCCCAAGCAGUUAGUUCCAUGUUCUUUUUGUAAAGCAGAUGUCCUUAGGGUCAUGGUACCAGAACAUAUUGCAGUUGACUGUCCUAAUGCAGCCAUCAAAUGUUGUUUCUACAUUUUUGGAUGUAAUAAAGAAAUUGAACGACUCAAGAUGGAGAAACACAUGAAAACAAAUGUCCAGAAACAUCUGCAGCUGUUGUGUCAUGCUUUUGUAAAGCUUCUCAACUUCCAAAAUAUUGAAAGUAUCUUGUCUUCGAUUGAAACUGGAAAUGCAGUGAGUCAGAGUCAGCCGAAUGUGACUGAUCCAGAAAUAGUUGGAGAUUUACCAACUUUAUUACAAAAUGCAGAAGGAGGGGCUUCAGGCAAUGCAGAAGCUAAUAUGCUGAAAUUUUCUCAGGGUCCUUCUCGUACUAUCUCAAGUAUUUCACAGCCAUUACCAUCUCCUCCACCAAACGUUCCUAUUACACGCAGCCAAUCUGUAAAGGUGCCUAAUUUAGCAAAAACUAAUGCAGGAGAUACUGCAUCUUCAGCCGAUAUUUUUGAUUUUGAGUUUCAAUCGUUGAAAGAACGAAAUAUCUACCAAGAUGAGAGCUUGGCCAGGCACAGCCAUGAAUUGCUUGAACUGCAGUUUCGGCAUGACCACAUUGAACGUAUCAACAAGGAAACACAACAAAAACUACGUGCUAUUGAAGAAAAGGUUAAUCGUCUCACCGAGUUAGAAGGACGAUUAUGUAAUGGACUAUACAUCUGGAAAAUAAAAAAUUAUUUACGGCACAGACAUAAAGCUAUUAGUGGUGAAAUGCCAGUUCUGCAUAGCCCACCAUUUUAUUCCAAUUACUAUGGUUACAAAUUAUGUAUGAGAUGCAACCUUAAUGGAGUCGACUAUUCUCAGGGAACACAUUUAUCUGUGUUUAUUCACUUCAUGCAAGGAGAAUGGGAUGACAUCUUAACAUGGCCAUUUCGAGGUAAAAUAAUUUUAUCCGUCAUAGAUCAGAACCCAAAUAUAGAAGAGAGGCAACAUUCUGUUGAAUCUUUGAUAUCAAAACCAACAUUAGAUGCUUUCCAGAAACCAACAAGCCAUCGCAACCACAAGGGUUUUGGAUACAUGGAGUAUGUGCCACUUAGUGAAUUAGAUAAUUCCACUUAUGUCCUCAAUGACACUCUUAUACUCAAAGCCCAGAUUUUUCCAGAAUUUUAAACUAAUAUUUGACAGUGGUGCUCUACCAUGGCCUUGCCCAAAUAAAGAACUAAAAGACAUAGACUUGUUCAUCUAAGAUGUCAAUAUGUAUUUCUAGAGAUGAAUGCAUGUUAAUAGCCACACAAGAUGUUUAUAAAAUGUGGCAGUUCUAAUAUAAGUGAAGAGGUUAUUUGUAUGUGUCUUUAAGUUUUUUAUAAAUCUAUAGGGAAGUCAUAAAAUGUGUCAUGUAGUUGUGAAAAGACAGGAACAUUGUCAAUGUUUUAUUCAGAUGCAAUCCCUUUUGCAAGAUAGAGAAAAGGAAAAAAAAUUUGUGUUAUUUGCUAUAGAAUAUUUGUGGCAGUAAUAGAUGUAAGAAGUGGUAGGUAGGUACGUGGUUUCUGUGCAGUAGAAAUGGGCUUAGGUAAGCAGCUGUAGCAGAGUCAAUGUAUAUGGGCACAAGAAUAUGUAUGUGCACAGUGUUUGUGUGUGUUCAUCUGCAUGUAGGAGUGAAUGUAGACAGGAAGGUAUUCACUCUGAUACUGCACUAGGAUCUUUUUGCCCAUGCUACAUGUUUCUGCUCACCAUCCAUCUUCCUAAUAAUUACAAAUCACAUAACCACCCAGUAACCUCCAAAAGAUCCAUUAUUAUUACAAAUCGCAACACAGAUUUUUUUUUUUUUUUUUGUCUUCCUUGUAUUCUCUCUUUUUUUCGAUCUAAAUUGGAAAAGUGCCUGCACCUGAAAACAUUGAUGAUUUCUUUUCCAACAAAUGCAACAGCUGCUAUGUUACAUUUAUUUUAUUGCAUUCCUUUGGAUUACUUUUGCCAGUAAUUACUUUUGCCAGUAAUGCCACAACGGAUUCCUCAGAUUCUGGAUUCUCGGAUUUUUACUUUAUAAAAAUCUAUGAUUCUCUACUUUCCUUUCACAUUUCAAUGCUAGCCUGGCUUAGAGGAUUUACAAAUCCUGGUAUUUGCCUCAACUAUCAAACUGAAAGUUCUUACCAUUAUACCAUGUUAUCAUCUUCAUCGCCACCAUCAUUGUCAUCAUCUUUGACAUUAUACACUUCCACUAUCACUCCAGUUGAUCAACUCGUUCAGUAGUUUGGAUACAUUUAUGAGUUAUUGCUAGUUGUCUCUAAGAUAUGUUUCCCUAAGUUAAGAUUAAUGUGUAUUUGUGUGUGUGUGUGUGUGUGUGUGUGUGUGUGUGUGUGUGUGUGUGAAAAAAUACUUGAUUAGUUGGAGUAAAUUUGACAUUUAAACUUGUCUGCUAUGUUACACAAGUUGUCUAGUGUCUGAGGACCAUUCUAGCUGUAAUUUAUUCUGUAAGAUAACUAUGUUCAUCAAAGGAACAUCUACAUGGUUGCUCCAUCUACUGGAAAUAUCAACCAAACUCCUCUUAAACUACACUGUGUCAUCUUGAAAUUGGAGAGACACAUUUGGAUAAUAAGGUUCCCAGAUAUACAAUUCUUGAGAAAACGAUGGUAUGUCCUUGGUUAGAACACUUUUGAUUGUUUACCUGUUGUCAGACAACUACUACUUUAAGAUAUUAGCAUGUGAAUAACAUUUUUAAACCUAUGUGACACUGCAUUUAAUGGGUUACAUGUAGACAUGCAUGCAUUCAUUCAUUCAUUCAUUCAUUCAUACAUACAUGCAUGCAUGCAUGUAACAAGUCACUGGAUUACAAUGUGUCUGCAUGUGUGUGUGUGUAUAGAUAUAGAUGUAUAUCUUAUGUAUCUUUCUUGACAUGAGUGGUGUAUACUCUCAAAGAAUGCAUGUCUUCACGUCUGUGUGACAUUGAAAUGAAAAGGAAUCUUGACAAAAAAAGAAAAAUAAAUGAAAUAUCAAAAUCUUCUAAAAUAUACAUAGUUUAUGUAUAUGUGUGUGUGUAAAACAAAGGUAAAAAUGAGAAAGCUCUCAAUUUUGUGGUACUCUGCAAAGGCAAAAAGCAGUUAGAUAAAGAGCAAAUAUUCUUCAUAUACCUUGUAUUACAUAGAGGCCCCCACUAUGUGAAUCGGGGAUCUAUUUAAAACUUUAUAAAUUUCUUCUCUUCACAACACUAGCAUUAUCCUUGUUUUGCUCUCAAAAAUGGAUAUGUCAGACCAUGAAUGAUAAGAUAUUGGGAGUAACAAUUUCAUGUAUUGUAUGAGCUUAAAAAACUUAUUUAACCUGGACAGGCUGUUUGAAAAUAAUCAAUGUUUGGAUAUUAAGGCAGAAUGCAAAAGUUCAUUCUUUGAUAUUCUCUAAAAUUUCAAUGUUAAAAUUGUUUCAUUGCUGCCUAAGCACCGUUCAAUAUCUGGAUGGCUUUGUUAAGUUUCAAAAUCCCUGCAUAAUGGGAUAUUGUUUUGUAUUACAAUCACCACCACAACCCUUUUUUUUGGGAAGGGGGGGGGGUUCAGUCUUUAAAACUGCUGAACCUUUUUUUUUUUUCUGCAUCAUUCAGCUUUCCUAGUAUUUUAUGUGAUAGAGAUCUGAACAUGAGGAUGUUCAUACUUUCUCCCAGCUAUAUUGAGCUCCAAAGAUCAUUCAGCAUUUUAGAGAGCUGAACUGUUGGGAAUUUUUUUCCUUUUGCCCCCUUCUCUUUUUUCUUUUGUUUUGUUUUGUUUUUGGAUAAUUUACCAAAGCUGUUAAUAAUUCCCAAGUUGAUCCUUUCAUUGUUGAUUUGCCAAAAGUAUAGCUUAUUGGACAGCCAUAUUAUUACAGGCAAGAUUCCAAGAUUUAACUAACAAUGAUGGUUUUAAUUAAAUCUAUAUUUCUAAAAUA